AUGAAGCUGUCUGUCACAUCUGCUAGCGUGGUGGCGUUAUUGACCACAGGCGUCCUUGCUGCACCGCAUGAUCAGCAGCCGCUGCAGACUGGCAAGAACUUCAACUUGAUCGAUGAACUCAAGAAAGCCGAGAUCAUACCAACCGUCCUCGAUCCCUUCCAGCCGUUCCUGUCUGUCAAUGUAACUUGGAAGAGAGCCUCAGCCUCGAUAGGCAACACUGUCAAGCCAAAGAAGCUAAAGAAGACUCCCGAUAUCCACUUGAUCGACGACCUUCUGGAUGUGGUCUUUCCAUGGCACGACGACGAAAGCCUGCCCCAGCUGACCCUAGCACUGACCGACCCCGAUGCCAAAUCUCGCGACAAUCCGAUUUGGUCGGAAAUGUGUCAUUGGAUCGUAACAGAAGUGCCGCUCACUGCGCCCAAUGGUACCAGCGUUGCGAAGACCUUCAAAGAGGUUAUGCCGUACAAAGCACCAGGACCACCACCGAAGACGGGCAAGCAUCGAUAUGUGUUCGCAGCGUUGGCGCCAAGGAACGGUACACACGAAGUUCUAAACCUCACUGUGCCAGCAGAUCGUCAGCAUUGGGGAUAUGGUGAGGUGAGGAGAGGUCUACGGGAUUGGGCGGAGGAGAAUGGCCUGGUAGUCAUUGGGGCGAACUUCAUUUACGCGCAAGACACGAAGCAGUGA